AUGUCAGAGUCAUGGCAGGAGCGCGCCUUUCGGCGCGCCUCGUGGGGGCUGAUGGCGCUCCUCUGCGCCUCGUAUUUGCUGCAGCUCACCGAGCCUGCGGAGCGUGCCUCAGCCCAGGCCACGCAGCACCGCCUCGCCACGUUCGUCGCGGACGCUGAGGCGCACGCAGCCGUCCCGGGACUGUCGCGGCCUGAGCGGGCUCAGCGGCUGGCGGGCCGCUUUGGCGGGCUGCUGGCCGACUGGAGCAGCCGCUUUCGCGGGGACGACGGCGACGGCGGCGGUGACGAGGAUGGCGCUCUGCGUGCGCCUCUGCACCGCCCGCCGCCGCGGACUCUCCUCGGCCGCCUCCUCCGCUGCUGCGCCUGCCUCGGCGCCCCGGGCCCGAAGCGGACGGCGUCUAGCGCGCCGAGCCGCUCCGUGCGCGGCGGCGGCCGGCUCUCGCUGCGCGCGGCAUGCGCGGCAGUGUGCUCCGGGCUGCGGUCGGCCGCCCUCUUCCCGUGCCUCGAGCUCGAGCCGAACCGCGUCUGCAACACGCGAGCCCUCGCAGUCAAGCUGCCGCUCCGCCCGCCGCUGGUGUGCGCGCUCAAGUUCGUCGCCUCGCUGCUCCUGUACUUUUCGCAGCCGGACGACUUCUUCUUCCUCUUCGUCGCCUUCGGGCAGAUCCUCGAGACGGGAUCCUUCCGCUCGUGCGGCCCUGUCGCCUUCUUCUGCUUCCUCUUCUGCACCUUCGAGGCGCUCGCCGCGUACUCCCAGGCGUCGCACGACACCGAGAUCAACCAGCGGCGCUGCACUGUCUGCUUGCAAGGCGGCGAGACGGCGGAGCUGGCCUGGUCGGCGGUGGAGCGCGGCUGCGUCGUCCGCCUCUCUGCGGGCGAGUCACCCCCGUGCGACCUCCUCAUCCGCAGAGUGCACGGAGGGGGCCUGCGCGCGAGGGAGAAGGACCUCACCGGCGAGUCGAAGCCCGUCAACAAGAUGGUGCCGCACCAGAUGGCGCCGCCCGCCAGCGCGCAGCACGCCUCCGUCGCCACGCGCGUGCUCCUCGUCACCCUCCUCCUCGCCUUCACCUACGACAACACGCUCGCGAUCUUCGCCACCGCCGCCGCGUGGUACGCGUCGCUCGGCAUGCAAGUCAACGUGUGGCAGGCGGCGGUCGCGCGGCUGGGCGAGAUCGCGACCGAGACGGCCUCGGCGGCUGUCCUCACCGACAAGACGGGCACGCUCACCGUCAACCGCAUGAGCACGCAGGCGGCCGCGCGCCGCCUCUCGACGAGCGACGGCUGCGACUCGUGGGCGGUCUUCUCGGCCCGCCCGCCCACGGCGCCGCUGCCCGAGUCGGCGAGGCGCGGCUCUGGGAGGGCGGGCGUGGAGCGGGACGGCGGCGGCGGGAUCGGGCUCCUCCCGCCGGUGCCUUUCCCGCCCAAGGGGGAGCCUCUGCACGACGCCGAGGGCGACGCCGCCGCCGGAGCGGCGCUCGACAUGGCCCUCGCUUGGUCCGCGACGACGGGCGAGCUGCCCGGCGUCGAGAUUGGAGAGGCGGAGGAGGCGUCCUUCCUCGAGCGACACCCGGGCACGCUGCUCCGCAACGUCACCGACGGGCAAGGCGGCGCUCGCAUCGUCUUCACUCUCCCAACUCGGGGCGGGCAGGCCCUGCGCAGCGGUGCGCCCGGCGGCGGCGACGUGCGGAUCGACGUGUCGGCACUCGAGGCGACGCCGCUGCUACCGCCGCCGCCGCCGGUGAGCGGGGUGGGGGAGUAUUUGCAGCGAGGAGGGGGCGACGAGGUGCACGCGAUGCACGUGCGGCUGCUGCUGCCGCUCGACCUGAAGCUGCGCGCCAAGGGCGCGCUCGCCCGCACGGGCAGCCUGGACAGCGGGGCGCCGUCGCCGGGGAGGGGCGAGAGCGGCGGUUUUCUCGGACUCUGGGGCGGCUCCUCGUCGCGCGCGUCGUCCCGCGCCGACGCCGACGGCGGGUGCACGCUCGUGGCGCAGGGCGCGGGCUCCUUCUUUCGAGCCGUCCACCCGCCGAACAGCGGCAUCAUCGAUUUGCUCGAGGGCGGCUCCGCCUCGGCGAGCGGCGUGCUGUACCGCUGCUUCGACUGGCGCGGCUCGGUGCGCAUCUGGUGGCACGGAGAGCGGCGCCUCUCUGCGGCCGAGGGAGACGCGCUCGUGUCCGAGUACGUGUCGGCGCCGUCGGAGGAGGCGCGCGCCGCCGUGCUGUCGCGCGCGUACCGCGGCUUGGCGAGUGCGAUGGAGGACCCGUACCAGGAGGCCGUGCCCGAGGCGAUCGCCGCCCUGCGCGCCGAGGGGUACCGGCUCAUGAUGGUGACGGGCGACUCGGACGCCGCCGCCGAGAACAUCGCCUACGCCACCGGCCUCGCGGUGCGGCCGGGCACGCGCCCCACCGCGCCGGCGGCGCCGCCGGCGGGGUCCGAGGCGGACGUGGAGCGGGGAGAGGCGGCGGCGGCGGGCGC